ACUAGCCUGCUGUCGCUCCUGUACAAUCAACAUUCGACGAUCUCUGCACACCACGCCCGUCGAUCUGGAAACCUCGACGCGCACUUUCCUGAAAGUGGGAAAAGAGAGAGAAAAAAAACGUCAUCUUCAGCUAGACCUCGGUCGUGCUUACCGUAAGGUCAGAUCGGCAGAUCGCCUUUCCACCACAACCCCACCAUCGAUAUCAACAACCUCCCUAUAACAUCUAUACCAUCUAGCAAAGAUGCAGCCUCUUCAGAAACCGCACUUCCCCUUCCCUUCCUCCCUCACCCGAUCACAGACCGCUCCUUACCCACCACAAUCUCAACCGACCGCUUCUGGAUCGGGCUCCCGAUCAGGAGCUGGAGCUGGGAUUGGAACGAGAAAUGGGAAUGGAGAUACCGUGCUCAACGUUCGGAACACGGGGAGAGGGGUGUCGGGUGAUAAUGAGGAUGUGAUCCGGGAGUACGAGGAGAAGCGGGAUCGCCUCUACAAAGCAAUCCUCUCCUCUUCCUACCUCCUAGCAGACCUCCGAAACUUUAACGAGAAAGACUGGGCGGUCCGUUAUCCCUCUUUCGCCGUCCACGAGCAUGAAGAGCCCGAGUCCAUCCCGGGAUCGAUUAUAGCACCGGGCACAGGGACGGGAACAGCACAGGGGACAGCACAAGGGAUAGCACAAGGGAUACGGAGACCGAGGCGUGAUCGGACGUUGACCAUGUCCUUCGCUGAUGAUCCUGUCAGUACGAGGGAGGUCACUUUGUCUUCGCCUACAUCCGCGGCUACGUUGAGCGAGGUGGAAGCCGGUCAUGAUCGCGAGCGAUCGGCCGGGUCGAACGGGUCUCGUGAAGCAGCAUCAGGGUCGGGGUCGGGAUCAGGAUCGGGAUCGGGGACGAACAAGGUGGUUAAUCCGGUGGUACAGAGGAAAUCGUUGAAGAGGAGCGUGACUUUCGCUCCGAAUGUCCUGGACAACCCCACCACCACAUCGGCCACAACAGCCACGACGGGGACGUCUUUGCCGGACGAGAUGGAGAUGACCGAUUUCUCCAUCCUCCGUCUAGACCUCUCCCUUGGUCACGGGCAGACCGCGACAUCCACGAUGACGAUGAACCGAGCUGGCUCUUUAAUGUCUUCCCUCGAACGGAGCUCCAUCUCCCGAUUACUCUCCUCCCGUUUAGAAUCUUCCCUGUCUCACUUGAAGAACCUCGAAGCUAGGGUCAUGUCUACCAACUCUCGGGUGCUCGUCACCGGCGAUCUGAACGCGGGGAAGUCUACUUUUGUCAACGCCCUCUUGAGGCGUGGAGGGGUCGAUGAGGAAGGUUGGCCGACGGGGGUCUUGCCGGUGGAUCAACAACCCUUGACGGGCAGGUUCGUCGAGGUCUUUGGGGAUCAGUUCCUCGGUGGCGACGGUCGAGGUGGUCCCGGUGGUGGCGGGAGGGAACGCGUGCAUAUCGUCAAGGGCAAGGAAGCGGAUUACGACCCCGAAGACGAACUGACGUACGAAGAGAGGAAGCUGCAAGACCUGAUCGACCUCGUGGCGGAACAAGAAGCCGAAGCUCCCCCUCUCAAGAUCUACCUCCGCGCUCCCGAUCAGAACCUGGCGAACCCUUCGAUCUUGCACAACGGGAUCCUGGAUAUCAGCCUGAUCGACGCGCCCGGCUUGAACAGGGACGUCAUCGCCACCACGUCCAACUUUACUCGGAACCCGACGAUCGACGUCAUCAUCUUUGUCGUCUCCGCAUUCAACCACUUUACGCUCAGCGCCAAAGAGUUCAUCCUCAGUGCGGGGCAGGAAAAGGCGAGGAUGUUCAUCGUCGUCAACCGGUUCGACGAGGUGAGGGAUAAAGAAAAGUGUAAACGCGUCGUGCUCGAACAGAUCCGUCAGCUCAGCCCAAAGACCUGGGAAGAGAGGGACGAACUCGUCCAUUUCGUCGAUAGCGCCCAGGUCGCUCUCCGCUGUUCCGAAGGGGUGCAAGGCGAGUCUCUGGACGAAAAGGCUACCGAGCUGGACGCCGCUUUCCGCAAGCUCGAAUCCAGCUUGAGGAGUUUCGUCCUCAUCAACCGGGCCAAGAGCAAGCUCGGGCCGGCCGAGAAUUACCUGUGCCACCUUUUGGCUGAUGUAGGGCUCUUGGCGAGCGCCAACUCGAUCGUCGCCGAAGAGGCUAGGGACAAGGCGAGGUUGGAGAUGGAGAGGGUCAGACCUGGGCUCGAAGCCAUGCUCAAGGGUAGUGUCGGCCUAGAAGAGGCUCUCGGGGAGGAAGAAGAAGCUGUCAGUGGACAGGUCGCUAGGGUGGUCAAGAACAACCUGACCCAAGCUUUGGCGGCGGUCGGACGUGGUCAGACCGCUGUGGGAAGCCACGUUUCCUUGCCUCCUUACCCUGGCUUCCUCGGCGUAUGGGACUACGCCAUCGAAGUCAGGAAAGCUCUUCUGAAGAGCGUCGAGGCGGCGGUGAUGCAGCUCGAAGACGAGACCCGGAAGAUCACUUCAAACAGUAUCUCCACGGUCGUCGAGCUCGGCGAUCGUCAUCUGCCGAGCGACGUCGAGCGAUCUAAACGCGUCUUCAACCCUCUGGCCAUGUUUGCCGGGACCGCGGCGGGUGCUUCAAACGCGAGCAGGCCGAUGCCACGGAGGAGCGCGUCGCAGAUCAACGCUGUCGGUCUCAAUCUCGUCGGCCGGUCGGAACUCGCUACCGUCUCGCUGGCCGACGUGUUCGACUUGAAUCACUACGUACUUGCCGCAAAAUCGACCUUGACCGGUGGCAAGGCGUCGGACGAUGGGACAAACGGGGAGAUCACCAUCCUCGGUGUCGCCUCGAUCGCAGCCGGUGCCGUCGGGAUCUUUGGUGGCAAGGCUUUGGGACUGCGUCAUGCGCUCGAAUCGGUCGUCUCCGUCAGCGAGAUCCUCGGGGACCAAGCUGCCAGACGUUGGGCAGCACCGGUCGCCGGUGCCGUCGUGCUCGGUCUCGCCUGGUACGUCGUUCAAGACUUGCCGACCGCCAUCCCUCGCAACGUCGGUCGCCACAUCCAGGCCAUGCUCGAAUCUGGCGAAGCAGCGAUGCUGGUCGGCGACGCUGGCUCUGCCACGUACAUCGACUUGCAAUCGGCCAGGAUGCAGCGCGAGGCUAGAAAGGUGGUCAGACUGGCUUCGUGGGAUCUAAGAGAACGAUUCCGAGCGGCCCUCGAGGAGAAGAACAAUAUCGUCAAGCAGAGCGAAGAGGAUGAAAAGCACGCGGGUCGGGCGCUCGAGUAUUUCGUCGGCGUUCAGGCGCGUGUGGAGGACAUCAAGAAGGAUAUGGGAGAGAGUGUGCUAGUCUAGGCGUUCUCGGUUCGCGCUUACCUUGUAUUCAAUAAACAUUGUGUCAUUCGACGAUUUCCAAAUAUGUAGUUCAGACGGCGUGAUUGUAAACUCAAAUAGUGAUAGUGCGCAAGAAAUGGUCACAAAACAUAUCUCAGAUACAAC